UCGCCUCAGUUCAGAUACAAGCGGAUCGUCGUGCGAUUAGGAGCACAGCGCUAACGUUCCACGACCUGAACGUCCCGAUACAACCCGUAAUGACAGGAGACACGUCUUUCAUUUGGCAUCGGCCAGCCACUGAAGUGGAGACUCUUUUCGACUAUGCCAACAGAAAAGGAUAUUUUGUCACCGUCUACGGGUUGAGUCUGUGUAGCGAUUCGCCAGUAGAUGACGACAUGAUGGAAAAUGCUCUUAAACAUCUCUUUAGGAAGGUGCCCUCGCUGAGGACGUGCUUCAGAAAUCGGGGAGACACACUGUGGGCCUGUGAAAUGAAACAUGAGCGGAUUGACUUUCAGGUGACAGAAACGGAAGAUGUGGUCACAGCCAUUGAGGAUCUGUUCGGAUACAAGUUCCCCACUACUGAAGGGCCCUUGUGGUGCGCCCGCCUGUUGCCCUCAACUGCCCCCUUGCCUUCCUCCCAGCCAGAUGUAAUCGCCUCCUGUGACUUUCCUCACAUCCGCACAUUACUGCUAGCCAACCACCACGGUAUCAAUGAUGGUACCAGCAACACAUUCAUCGCACAGUCACUCUUGCACAUCCUGGACGACAUGAUUGCUGACAGUCCUGUCGAUGAUGAGGUCCAAAUGGGAAAUCUGGCUAACGGGGAGGAAUCCAAAGCCAUACUGACAGCUAUGGCAGAGCAACUGAGGGAAGACAAGGAUCGCCAACAAAACAUAAUAGAAGAGGCCAAUAAGUCUCGUAAUGCAGAGAAACUCAUCCCACGGGCCUAUCCAAUGUCCAGGGGUCCCAACCCCAAGGAUCAGAUAGUCAUGCAAGAUCUUGACAAGGAAACAACUCAGAACUUCUUAAAGCGGUGCAAACAGGAAGGAGUCACAGUGAACAGCGCAAUGACUGCGGUAAUAAAUAUAAGUCUAGUUGACUUUGUACGAGAAGGAGGACUUGAGCAGGACACCUACACCAUCCAUGAGUUGCACUCAGUCAAUCUGAGACGCUAUUUUUCUGGAAAUACAGACAAGACCGUAGGAUGUCACAUGCUUCUGCCACGUGUCUUGUUUCCCACACCAGCAAAGUGGCGGGAAGUUUUCUGGGAGUACACCAGAACCAUCCACACCACUAUUCUUCAUGGGCUUGAGGAUAAAGAUGCAUUUUUGUAUUUGCUGAAUAUGAAUGAGGGAACCACUCCAGAGGAAAUAUUUCAAAAGCGACCAUAUCCACAGUGUGACUAUGCUAUUGGCAAUGUAGGAAACUUGGACCGCCGUCUCACAACAAAGAGACAACAUAUCAGCCUCUGCCAUUUGGUGAGGAGCACCGCUUGCUGGAACGACCCAAUGUACUCCUUCUUUCACACACUGAACGGCUGCUUCGCUUACAGUCUUGUGUACUGCACUGACGUGCUCACAAGGGAAAUGGCAAAAAGAUUCUUGGAAAUAACCUUUGAUAACCUAAAAGCCAUAGUUCAAUUGUAAGAUGACAUCGCCUGACAGUAAAACAGUACAACAGAAAAACCAAUCAAUAAAUGAAAAUUUUUCAUGAUACGUUGUUCACAUGAGGAAGCAUAAAAUUCAUCAUAAAUGU